AUGAAGAAGACCAAAAGUAAGAAGUUGGCCGCCAAAGAAGAUUCCUCAGAGUUAUCUUUGAAAAAUGUCAUUUGCUCCAAAAAGAAAUUGGACGGUGAGGUGUCAGAGCUCAAAAAUAACUUGGUGGUGACCUCUGGUACCUAUUUCGGGCAUGCAAAAGAACAAGUAUCUUUCUUCUUUCCUUCAUUAGAUUUAGGGAUGUUGGAUAUCUUCAAGAUUAUCCACGAUGGUCAACUGAUGGAUGAGGAGGAGGCAUCGGCUGCAGAGCACCUAGGAUCUCCCCCAGCUACAUGUGCUCAGGAUGGCCCUAGCAACGCAAUAAAGGGAGGCAGGCUGACUACUCCUCACUUGGAGGAAAUACCCGUGAAGGAGGCAACCUUGAAGAAUUACUAA